GAAUUCGACAGCAGAUUCACACCCUCGUGGCACUGUAUAGUCGGGCGAAACUUCGGGUCGUAUGUUACUCACGAGACAAAGCAUUUCAUCUACUUCUACAUCGGCCAGGUAAGCGCAUUGAUCCCAAUAUUUGAUAGCGAAAUAGGGCUGAACCCGAGCGAGCUUUAGAACAAACUUUACUAAUUGCCAAGCAAUUUAAACUAAGAAGCUCUGGUCCCUCUUCUGUAUUUAUGAUGCCGUGGUAUGGUGUACGUCCUGCAGUCCA